AUGUUUGCUCAACAUUUUUUAAAAUAUUUAUGUUUCUCUCUUUUGUUUUUCUCUUUUGCUGAACAACAUAAUGUUUUUGCCUCCCAACAAAAACAUGCAAAAACAAGUUUAAUUAAAAAUGAAAGAAAUGAACAACAAAAACAACAACUAAAACCCUCAAAACAACCCCCAAAACAAACAAAAACAUCAAAACAAACAAAAACAACAUUGUUUACAACAACUAAAACACCAAAAACAUUGAAAACAACACAACAACCCCCUUGUCUUUUACAAGAUUCUGUUCAUAGAAAAAGUGUUUUGACUGAUGUUUUGUCGGGGUAUGACAAAACUGUUCUUCCUUCUAAUGAAAGUGUUGUUGUUAGUGUUGAAUUGACUGUUCAGGCAAGUUUUGUUGUUUAUUGUUUGGAUAGGUCUUUCGAUAUUUCCACAAUCUCAGAAAUCACUGGUUCAUUUGUUGCAGAUGUCUGGUUUUCUCAAAUUUGGCUUGACCCUCGAUUAGAAUAUUGGAAUUAUUCGUGUAAAUCUAAUCUUUCGUUAGACUCUUCUGUUGCGGAUAAGCUUUGGACACCAAAUGUUUGUUUUGUUAACAGCAAAGAAACAAAAGUACAUCGUUCACCCAGCAAUAAUGUUUUAUUGAUAAUAUAUCCAAAUGGCACAAUAUGGUUGAAUUAUCGUGUUAGAGUUAGUGGUCCCUGUACUUUUACACUGUCCCAAUUUCCCUUAGAUCAUCAAGAAUGUGUUUUGAUUUUUGAAUCUUAUUCUUACAAUAUUGCAGAAGUCCGUCUAAUAUGGCAAGAAUGGGCACCAGUUACUAUACCUCCACCUGAAGCUCUUCAAUUACCCGAUUUUCAUUUUUAUAAUGUUAGCUGGGAGACACAAAUGAAUGAAUACACUGCAGGUGCUUGGGACCAAUUGAAAGUAACAUUUCGUUUUAAACGUUUAUAUGGCUAUUAUAUACUCCAAAUGUAUUUACCAACAUAUUUGUCUGUUUUUAUCUCUUGGAUUGCUUUUUGGCUUGAUUCACGUGCCUUGCCUGCAAGAAUAACUUUGGGUGUUUCUAGUCUUAUGGCUUUAACUUUUCAAUUUGGAAAUGUUGUUAAAAACCUUCCUAGAGUUAGCUUUGUUAAGGUAAAUAAAUUAAAAAGUUUGUCUUGUAUAAAUAAAGAAAGAAAAAAAGUAUGUCGGGUAGAAAAACUCCAGCACUUGUAA